ACAGAUCUCUAAUGUACCAUAUGUAGUCAUGAUGUGGUUGACUACCCCUCCUAUUGGUUUCAUCAAGUUGAACACCGACGGCUCUGCACUUGGUAACUCGGAUCUUGCUGAUGCGGGUGGAGUGCUUAGAGAUGAUCUUGGUAGGCGGAUCCUGGGGUUCUCCCGUCAUGUUGGGCACAUCACCAGUUUAGUUGCUGAACUUUGGGCAAUUCGAUAUGGGUUGUCUAUUGCCUUAAGCAAAGGUUUUAACAAACUUGUUCUUGAAACUGAUUCAAAGGUUGCUAUGACUCUGAUUGACAAAUGUAAUUGUGAUUAUCAUUCAUUGGGCCACAUUCCUGAUAUGUAGCUCAAACAUAUACAUAGGGAGGCUAAUGCUGUUGCAGAUCAAUUAGCUAAGAAAGAGUCAAGUUUACU